GGGCGGGCGCUGUGCGCAGAGGGGAGAGGUAGGCGGGCGGCGCCGUCGGCUUCAGCUGCGGCAGCGACGGCGAGAGCGACGGAAGAAGAACCCCCUGUAGCCGGCGGUCGAGUUAGGCCUCAGCAGCGCCCGGAGCCGUUCGCACUGUCCUCUGCGGGAGAUCUCCAUAGAGACCGUGACAUACACAGAGGCGGGGGUUCCGCGGUAGGCUGCCGGACCCGAGCCAGCUCUUCGGCCUCUGCCCCCGCCACCCCCUCUGCCAGCGCGCACCCUCUCUCCGCUCCUGCUCGUAACCUCGCGGUCCCUGGUGUGCCUGUAUCUCACUGUGUCGGCAGCGCGGGCGGACUUUUGGGCCGGGACCGGGCGGGGGGGGCUCUAAGGCCGUUGCCUCUGCCUCUCCCGCCCCACUAACCCGCCCCGGAGCGGGAAUCAGCGGAGGCUCCGCCAUGGCCUCGGGAGCCGGAGGAAUAGGAGGGGGCGGCGGCGGCGGCAAGAUCCGGACGCGGCGUUGCCACCAGGGGCCAAUUAAGCCUUACGCACAGGGUCGACAACAGCACCAGGGCAUUCUUAGCAGGGUUACAGAAUCUGUUAAGAAUAUUGUACCUGGAUGGCUACAGAGAUAUUUCAAUAAGAAUGAAGAUGUAUGCAACUGCUCAACAGAUACAAAUGAAGUGCCACAUUGGCCAGAAAAUAGAGAAGAUGAACAUCUUGUAUAUGCUGAUGAGGAGAGCUCUAAUGUAAAUGAUGGGAGGAUCACUCCUGAGCCAACAGUCAGUAAUACAGAAGAACCCUCGACAGCUAGUACUACUUCAAAUUAUCCAGAUGUAUUAACAAGGCCUUCUCUUCAUCGGAGCCAUCUGAAUUUUUCCAUGUUGGAAUCUCCUGCAUUACACUGUCAGCCAUCCACCUCCUCAGCAUUCCCAAUUGGCAGUUCUGGAUUUUCCCUUGUAAAGGAAAUUAAAGAUUCUACCUCUCAGCAUGAUGAUGAUAACAUCUCAACUACCAGUGGUUUUUCUUCAAGAGCUUCUGAUAAAGAUAUAGCUGUUUCAAAGAACACUUCAUUGCCACCUCUAUGGUCCCCAGAGGCUGAACGCUCUCAUUCACUUUCACAGCACACUGCCACCAGCUCAAAAAAACCAGCAUUCAACUUGUCUGCCUUUGGAGCACUUUCCCCUUCUCUUGGGAAUUCUUCACUUCUUAAAGCAAGUCAGCUUGGAGAUUCUCCUUUUUAUCCUGGAAAAACUACGUAUGGUGGGGCAGCAGCUGCUGUAAGACAGUCUAAACUACGGAAUACACCUUACCAGGCACCAGUCAGAAGACAGAUGAAAGCUAAGCAACUCAGUGCACAAUCUUAUGGUGUGACUAGUUCAACAGCCCGGCGAAUAUUACAAUCUUUGGAGAAGAUGUCAAGUCCUCUAACGGAUGCAAAAAGAAUUCCAUCUGUUGUUUCUUCGCCGCUGAAUUCUCCACUUCAUAGGAGUGGGAUAGAUAUCACAGAUUUUCAGGCCAAAAGAGAAAAGGUUGACUCUCAGUAUCCCCCUGUUCAGAGACUUAUGACCCCAAAGCCAGUUUCCAUAGCAACAAAUAGAACUGUUUAUUUUAAACCUUCUCUGACUCCGUCUGGUGAAUUGAGGAAGCCUAAUCAAAGAAUAGAUAAAAAGCACAAUACUGGAUAUGAAAAAAAUAUGACACCAGGACAAAAUAGAGAACAACGAGAAAGUGGUUUUCCAUACCCAAAUUUUAGUAUACCUGCAGCUAAUGGAUUAUCUUCUGGUGGUAGUGGAGGUGGCAAGAUGAGACGAGAAAGAACAUGCUUUGCUGCAUCUAAAUCUCCAGAAGAAGAGGAAAUGGAAGUACCAGUAUUACCGAAAAUCUCUCUACCAAUCACCAGUUCUUCACUGCCUACCUUCAGUUUUAGCUCCUCUAUAAUCACAACUUCUCCAUCACCCAUCAGUCCUUCACAAUCAUUAACAAAUAAGGUACAAAUGACCUCUCCAAGCAGUACUGGCAGUCCCAUGUUUAGAUUUUCAUCUCCAAUUGUAAAAUCUACUGAGGCAGAUGUACUACCUCCAGCAUCUAUUGGAUUUACAUUUAGUGUGCCUGUUGCAAAAACAACAGAACUUUCUGUCUCCUGUAGUGCUUCAGAACCAAUUACAAGUAGUUCAGGUUUCACAUCACCAAAGGUAGAUUCUGUCACUGCUCAGCCUACCACAACAAGCCUUGUAGUUUAUACAAGACCAGCAAUAAGUAGCUUUUCUUCUAGUGGAAUUGGGCUUGGGGAAAGUGUAAAAGCUGGAUCAUCUUGGCAGUGUGAUACUUGUCUACUCCAGAACAAAGUAACGGACGACAAUAAGUGCAUAGCCUGUCAAGCCACAAAAUUGCCACCAAGAGAGACAGCUAAACAGACUGGAAUUGAGACACCAAGUAAAAGUGGCAAACCAUCACUUUCUAUAUCAGGGACAGGCUUUGGAGACAAAUUUAAACCAGCAGUAGGAACUUGGGAUUGUGAUACCUGUUUAGUACAAAAUAAACCUGAAGCAGUAAAAUGUGUAGCUUGUGAAACACCAAAACCUGGAACUGGUGUCAAGCGAGUCUUUACAUUGCCAGUGGCUUCAGAAAGUGCUGUAACUGUGACUGCUUCAUCUUCCAGCUGCACUGUGACCACUGCUACCUUAGGCUUUGGAGAUAAAUUCAAAAGACCUUUGGGAUCUUGGGACUGUCCAAUGUGCUGUGUUUCUAAUAGUGCAAGGGACAAUAAAUGUGUGUCCUGCAUGUCUGAGAAACCAGGUAGUUCAUCAGUACCUACUUCAAGUAGCAGCACAACACCUAUCUCUGUGUCUUCUGGAGGCUCUCUAGGAUUGGACAAGUUCAAGAAGCCUGAAGGAAGCUGGGACUGUGAAGUAUGCCUCGUACAAAAUAAAGCAGAUUCUACCAAAUGUAUAGCAUGUGAAAGUGCAAAGCCAGGCACAAAAUCUGAAUUUAAAGGCUUUGGCACGUCUUCUUCAUCGUCAAACCCUGCGGCGUCAUCCUUCAAAUUUGGUAUCUCAUCAUCCUCUUCUGGGCCUUCUCAGACUUUAACAAACACUGGAAAUUUUAAAUUUGGAGAUCAAGGAGGCUUCAAAAUAGGUGUGUCAUCGGAUUCAGAGUCUAUAAAUCCCAUGAGUGGAGGCUUUAAAUUUUCUAAACCAAUAGGAGAUUUAAAAUUUGGGGUUUCAUCUGAUCCUAAACCAGAAGAAGAUAAAAAAGACAGUAAGAAUGAUAAUAAUUUUCAGUUUGGACUUUCUUCUGGUUUAAGCAAUCCAACUCCUUUAGCUCCAUUUCAGUUUGGAGUGUCUAAUCUUGUGCAUCAAGAAAAGAAAGAUGAACUCUCUAAAUCUUCAUCUACAGGCUUUAACUUUGGUACAGGUGUUAUUAACCCUACCCCUACCCCUGCUGCUACUAAUACCAUAGUGACCUCUGAAAACAAAAGCGGCUUCAACUUUGGAACCAUAGAAACCAAGAGUGUUUCAGUGGCUCCUUUCACAUGUAAGACGCCCGAAACAAAAAAAGAAGAAACGCCUGCCACCAAAGGAGGGUUUAUGUUUGGCAAUAUGGAACAUGCCUCUCUGCCAUCUGCCUCAGUGUUUGGUUUGGGAAGGACAGAGGAGAAACAGCAGGAGCCUGUCACUUCUACUUCUCUAGUGUUUGGGAAGAAAGCUGACAACGAAGAGCCAAAGUGUCAACAAGUGUUUUCCUUUGGGAAUUCAGAGCAAACCAAAGAUGAGAGUUCUUCAAAGUCAGGAUUUGGUUUCGGAAUGCCAAAACCAUCUGAGAAGGAAUCUGAACAGCCAGCAAAGUCCACUUUUGCUUUUGGAGCUCAAACUAGUACUACAGCUGAUCAAGGAGCAGCAAAGCCAAUUUUCAAUUUCUUGAACAACAGUUCCUCUAAUUCAAGUACACCAGCUACCUCAGCUGGUGGUGUUAUAUUUGGUAGUUCCACCUCUUCCUCCAAUCCACCUGUGACUGCCUUUGUGUUUGGACAGGCCAGCAAUCCUGUGAGCAGCUCUGCCUUUGGUAACUCUGCUGAAUCAAGUACAUCUCAGUCUUUGCUAUUUUCUCAGGAUAGCAAACCAGCAACUACAUCUAGCACAGCUACUGCUGUCACCCCGUUUGUCUUUGGCCCAGGAUCCAGCAGUAGUACUACAGCAACCGCUGGUUUCAACUUUGGAGUUACAACUACAUCUAGCUCUUCAGGAUCCUCAUAUGUAUUUGGCACUGGACCUUCUUCAACACCAUCUGCCAGUCCAGCAUUUGGUGCUAGCCAGACCCCAACAUUUGGGCAAACUCAAGGUGCCAGCCAACCUAAUCCCACAGGUUUUGGAUCUAUAUCAUCUUCAACAGCAUUAUUUUCAUCUGGUUCUCAGACUGCACCACCUACUUUUGGGACAGUGUCAAGCAGUAGCCAAGCCCCUGUGUUUGGACAGCAGCCUAGUCAGUCUGCAUUUGGCUCUGGAACAGCUCCUAAUUCCAGUUCGGUUUUUCAGUUUGGCAGCAGCACUACAAAUUUCAACUUCACAAACAACAACCCAUCAGGAGUGUUCACAUUUGGUGCAAAUCCCAGCACACCUGCAGCCUCAGCCCAGCCUUCAGGUUCAGGGGGAUUUCCAUUUAGCCAGCCUUCAGCAUCAUUUACAGUGGGGUCAAAUGGGAAAAAUCUGUUCUCUUCUUCUGGGACUUCAGUUACUGGUCGCAAGAUAAAGACUGCUGUUAGACGUAGGAAAUAAAGGUCACUAAGGUGUUAUACACAACAGUUUUAAAACAGCUGGUGCCCGGCUUUCAGAUACAGGAUUGUACUACAUGCUGGGGUUAUCUGAAGUCAGAUCUGCCUAUGGACAUCUUUCAUUUUGGAACUUCCCUCAUUUCUUUCUUUAUAGAAGCCCUACCCUCCCCCUCCCCCCACUCCUUUUUUUAAAAUAAUAGCUAGCCUGGUGACUGAUUCUUCAGCAAAAAUAUUUUAUGAUCCAGCAAAUAUUCACUGAUUUGGCAUGGUCUGGCUGUAUCCAGGAAUAGAGCUCUUCACGGCAAAUGGCUUUGUAUAGAACCUCGUCGUCUGCACCACUAUGUGCGUUGAUAAGCGUUUAUGGAACGCGUUGAAAUUGUAAUUAUAUCUGAGGAAUUCUGUAUAGAUUAGAGGAUGUUGAAAUGAAUGAUUUCUAUGCUGAGUUUGUGCUGGUGUAUGUGUGAAGUGAGUGAGUUGGGUGUAUUGUGCACUAAAAUUUUCUGAUAGAGGAAGCCUGAUUAAAGAUGGUCCAUGCUAAGGACUUGUUAGAUCUAGUUCUCCAUUUAAUAAUUAUAUGCUAUUUCUAUAUUUUCAUUCUUACGACUAUCACCUGUCUUGCCUUUUUCAUUAUUUUAUUAUGAAACUUGUGUAAAUAUAAUUUUGUUUCUGUACUUUUUUGGUAUAACAUAAAUCUGUGAACUUGAAAUUUUAAUUUUGUGUUAGAAAUUUUUUUUGUUUGUUUAGUCUUGUCUCAGAUUUUAUUAUGUAUAUCCCAUUAUUCAAAGUUGCCUAAAUCCAUUUGGAAAUCUUUAAAAAAAAAAUAAAAAAUAAAAAAAAAUUGGGGAUUCUUAAAGUGAAUUUAUUGGCUUUUCUGAUCCAGUUUUGUUUGGACCAAAAACCAGUAUUGUACAAAGUAUUAAGCAUAUAUUUUUAUAUUUACUGAAAUGGACUGUGGUGACUUUGGAUAAUAAGGAAAAGUUUAAUAUUAAAGCCAUGUUUAUUACAGUAUAAUUAACAUGUUAAACCAUGGGAUAAAUGCCAUCAAUAAAAAAUUAUGAAAUACU